GGAAGUAGCAGCAUGCACCCUCAACAGUAAAGUUAUGGGUAUGUGACAGAUAAUUGCAAACAAAACAAUGGCGUUUCAGUUCUGUACAGGCCUAUUUCAUGCUCUGCUUCACUAGAGAGGAGGGUUUGGGAACACUGGCCUCCAUGUUAACACAAACCUGCUCCCGCUGCCAUGUCCUCCAUCUCUGUGUCAACGUCCACUUGUUGUGGUGGUGAUGCUGCUGCUGCCAUGGCAACCCAGGCAUUGGAGCAGGCUCUGCUGGCCUCAGACCGCUACGCCAGGAUCAUCCUGGCCCAGAUGAACAAGAUGCGGCAGCGCACUGACUUCUGCGAUGUUGGGCUGAAAGUUGGCGGCCGGGUCUUCAAAGUCCAUCGGCUGGUGCUUGCUGCUAGUAGCCCCUACUUCUCCGCCCUCUUUUCAGGGAGGAUGAGGGAGGCAGAUAAAGAGGAGGUGCAGAUCCUUGGAGUGGAAACUGAAGUCUUUGAGGUUCUUCUGGACUUCAUAUACACAGGGGUUAUCAGUGUGACAGUGGAGAACGUUCAGGAGUUGAUGGUGGCAGCCGACAUGCUUCAGCUGAAUGAGGUGGUGUCAAUCUGUGGAGAGUUUCUCAAGGGACACAUGGACCCAUCCAAUUGUGUGGGAAUCUUUCAGUUCUUGGAGCAAAUUGCCUGCCUGGACAUGCUUGAGUUCACUGAAAACUACAUCCAUGUUCACUUUCUGGAGGUGUGUGUCACAGAUGAGUUCAAGGGCCUGACAAAGGAUCAGAUGGUGAGGCUGCUGAGGAGUGAAGAGCUGAGGAUUGAAGAUGAGUAUCAAGUUUUCACUGCAGCUAUGGACUGGGUUCUUCAGGAUGUAGCAAAGAGGAAAAAACAUGUAGUGGAGGUUUUGGAACCGGUCCGCUUCCCUCUGCUCUCCCCACAGAGACUCUUCAAGUACAUAGAGGGUAUUACAGACUUCAGCCUGCGGGUGGCACUACAGACACUCCUGAAGGAAUACACUGAAGUUGCAAAAUCUCCAAAAGAAAAUAAGAUUUACAGCCAGCUACAACCAUCCAAGAUGAGACCCAGAAGGAAAGCCCGGAAGUACCUCUAUGCCAUAGGAGGCUUCACACGGCUGCAGGGUGGCCGCUGGAGUGACAGCCGGGAGUUGAGUUGUGUGGAGCGUUUUGACACCUUUAACCAGUACUGGACUACUGUGUCAUCUCUGCAUCAGGCCCGCAGCGGGCUGGGGGUGGCAGUCCUGGAGGGCAUGAUCUAUGUUGUGGGAGGGGAGAAAGACUCAAUGAUAUUUGACUGCACUGAACGAUAUGACCCAGUGACAAAACAAUGGGCUGCUGUGGCAUCGCUGAACUUUCCCCGCUGUGGAGUUGGUGUCUGCCCUUGUCAUGGAGCUCUGUAUGCACUUGGAGGAUGGAUUGGCUCUGAGAUUGGUAAGACGAUGGAACGAUACGAUCCGGAGGAGAACAAGUGGGAGGUGAUUGGUAGUAUGGCAGUGCCACGUUACUACUUUGGUUGCUGUGAGCUACAAGGGUUUAUUUACGUGAUUGGAGGAAUCAGCGAUGAAGGAAUGGAGCUGAGAUCAGCUGAGGUGUAUGACCCGAUCUCCCGCAGAUGGAGUGCCCUGCCUGUCAUGGUCACAAGGAGAGCGUAUGUGGGUGUCGCCUGUCUCAAUAACUGCAUCUAUGCUGUGGGUGGCUGGAAUGAGGCGUUGGGUGCUCUGGAGACGGUGGAGAAGUACUGUCCAGAGGAGGAAAAAUGGGUUGAGGUGGCAUCCAUGUCCACUGCUCGUGCAGGUGUGUCAGUGUCUGCGGUUAAUGGGCUUCUGUACGCCGUGGGAGGGAGGGCUGCCAGUAGAGACUUCUCUGCCCCUGUGACAGUGGACACGGUUGAGAUUUAUGACCCUCACCUGGACACCUGGACUGAAAUCGGCAACAUGAUCACAAGCCGCUGUGACGGUGGGCUGGCUGUGCUCUGAAACAUUUAGUCUAAACAUCCAUAUCAGCGCCUGAAUCAUCCAGAGAAAAAAACAAACUGAAGAAAACUGAACCUUAAGAGACAAAGUUGUGUGUUUCUGUCCUAAGUUUGCUUUCACAUGAUCAUGCAUAUUAUUUAACAUGGAUCAAACUUGUUUUUUGUUAUCUGUCUGCAAGAUUGGACUAUUUUAAAACUAAGAUUAAGAGAGAAGAUAAACUAGAAAACUCUCGAGUCUGCUUUUCUUAUACUCUUGUGGACUUGUCUGAGUGUUGGAAACUUAAUAUUUAUAGAUUUCUGUCAGAGUGAUGACUCUGAUUUUUUCUUUUAAGUGUGCAUUUGAGAGCAAAAUGACCCUUGUGAUGGGGAUAUUUUUUCACUAAUGAGGACCUCUGUCUUGGAUGUAUCAGAGUUUUUCUAAGAGUCCUGUAGGGGCUUUGAACACUGUUUUUGAUAAGAAGAGAAAGCACUGGUUUGUAGUUUUUCCCUUCCUGAAAAUGAUGAAAACGAAUGAACUUAGACUUUAUCUCAAACCACUUGAGCCUAUUUAAUAAUGGAACCAAAGGUCCAUGGUUUCUGUAAAUAAUGACCUACUUGAAAAGCACAUCACUGCUGUCACAUCAGUGCAGUUACAUUUACACAAGGACUUUCACUGGAAUAUGCUAUUAUUUUAGAUUUAAUUUGGGGCUUUUUGCCUUUAUUUUGGAGAGGCCAGGACAGUGGAUGAUGCUGAAAAUCAGGGAAAGAGUGAUAAUGAAUUGCAGGAAAGGGACCAACAGUAAAGACCUGAACCUGGGCCGUCUGCUUGGAAGACUAGCCUCUGUACAUGCAGCUCAACAUAAUCACAAGGCCAACGGUGCCCAGCUGGGUUUAUUUUAUAUGCUUUUAAAGAAGCCUGUCCUUGCAUUUCAAAUACUAGUAGCAGCAUCUACAUUCAUCUAUCUGAUGUUUAGAUUAUUUUAAACAGUGCACUUGUUAAGAUAAGUGUAUAGUUACCUUAUCAGUGGUACAAUAUUUUCUCUUGGGAUGAUAAGUGAAGCCAACAGUAUUCCCUCUUAUGUACUGUACUGACACUGCAGAGAUAAUGCCUUUGACUGCUUGCUUCCUAAGAAUUUUAUUAAGUGCAUGGUAGGAUCAAAUCAACCUAUUUUCCUCCAUUUCUCCAUUUAUAAUAGAUAAAAUUUAUUAUUUUAGUUUAACUGGAAGAACUGCAGAAUAGAUGUGUGUAAGGUCUGAUCAAUUUGGUAUGAUUGCAGCCUUUCUGAUGUUUCAGUAAUAGCAGAGAUUUUGACUGUAAACAACAUGCAGAGUUUGUACAAAAAAACCCAACAUCAAAUUGCAUUCUGGGAUGACUGAAUAAGUCAGAUGAACAAGAAAAAGACAACACUUUAUCUGUGUGAAAGACAUUUGUUGCUUCUUGUGAAAUAAAAGAUGGAACAACUGGAUAAAUAGUCAAUCUCCCUAAUUUGGAUCUACACGCGGCAGGUAGCAAACUUCUAGGACAAGAAAAAGGUGUGAUUACUCCAUGAAAAUAAGUCUUAGCACAAAUUAAUUCAAACAUUUACACUGAAUUUCAAGCUGUGAAACACCAAACUGUAUUUCAAUGUUAGAGUAUGCUGUGUGGAGACAUCUUUAUGGAACUGAAAAAGUAUAGGACUACACAUAGCAUUUGGAAAGUAUUCAGUUUUUGCUGUUUUCAUUUUUGUUAUGCUGCAGACUGAUGCUGCAGUUACAAAACUCAUUUUUAUUCUCAUUAGUCUAUGCUUGGUACCCCGUAGUGACAAAGUGAAAACAGCAGUUUUUAAAAAAUAAAUUGAAACAUUGACUUAAGUAUUCAGUCCUUGCAAAAACACUUGCUCAGAGACAGGAUUGUUGGAAGGCAAAGCUCUGGGGUAGGCUACAAAAAAAUUUUUUGAGCUCAAGGUUCCCAAGAGCACAGUGGCCUCCAUAAUUCUCAAAUGGAAAAAGUCUCACACAACCAGGACUCUCCCAAGUGCUGGUCACCUGGCCAAACUGAGCAACUCCAUGAGGUCUUCUAUAGAGGUGUGUGCCUUUCAAAAUCAUAUCCUAUCAGUUUAUUUUACAAGUGGACUCCAAUCAAGAUGUAGAAACAUCUCAGCAAUGGUUGAGAGAAAUGUAAGGCACAUGAGCUAAAUUUCAAGUGUCUUUGCAAAAGGUCUAAAAUACUUGCGUCAAUGUGAUACUCCUUUUUUUUUUUUUUUACCUGCACAAAAUGCUUAAAUUCUGUGUUCACUUUGUCACUGUGGGAUAUGAAGUGUAAAUUAAUGAGAAUAAAAAUAUUAUAGUAAAAAUAUAUGUAAUAGUUUGUCAGAGCACAGUCAUUAUAGACAGGGAGACCCUCAUGGGUGUAGAAACUUGAGAUGAUUUCUUUGCAGAACUCAAUUGAGAAAAAUGUAAUCUUUAACUUAGAAUGCAGCUUUCGUUCUUCUAUAAGCUAUUCUUAUUUUAUGCAUUUCUCAGUUCUUUCUUCAAGUCUGGAGUUACACCGCAGUGGGUAAAAACAUGCUCAAAGUCACAGAAGUCAUCAGUUGUGUUAAAUUUGCAUGUAAUAAAAUAAGCACUUUCAAACGAUCACAGAACAAAGUUUAAGAUUCUAUUAGUGUUUCACGAUAACUAAUAAAAUUACUGCAUUCACUGCAAAAUUUCUUUAUAUCUGUAUUAAUAUUUGGAUAUUAUAGAGCUUAGUUUAGGCAGCAGUAGCUCAGUUUUUAGUCUUGGUUAAGGAACUGAAGGGUUGCCAGGUCAUGUCCUGCACUGAACCAGGUCUGGAAUAUGGUUUGGUUGCUUGAGAGGUGUCAAUUCACUUCCUGAGCACUGCUGAGCAUGGAAUUGAACCCCCAGUUGCAUUGGUGCUCUUUCAUAUUCAGCUAGAUAACUCUGAAAUUUCUCCAUCAAUGCAUGUCAAUGGGUGCAAAAAUUUGUUUUUUGGUCAAUGUGCGUUUAACAUGUCUGAAAACGUGUGAUCAAUUG